AUCUAACAUCGAGGGAAAAUAAAAUGGGUGAGGUGGAUAUGAAUCGUCUCAACUUGUGCAUUUUGAUUUCAGUGGUCCAAGAGGGCAUGGUGGGAAAACCUAGCUAUGCUAAGAACAACGAACUUAUAGAUACAUACUAGCUAUCUCUCCAUGCAGGAGAAAUCGAUAUCACAGUAUCAUAUAUCGAAAUCCCAAAUAAUAAAUAGUGUUCUAAAAUCAAUCUUAUUUUCAACCUCAAUCCCAAAAUAAAUUCGCUAUCACAAUCCCUAAUAUUUUGUUCGGUAUCGAAAUAUACUAGAUACCAAAUUAAUUCCCUUCAAAAUUAAAUAUCAGAUAUACGAAUGCAAAUACUACGUCUCCUCUACCAAUAUCUCCACAAGCCCUUCUCAAAAUAUACGAAACACAAUUGAAAUUCAAUCGCAAUUCUAAUAAAAUAAUACGUAUAUUCGAUAAUAGCAAAUAUCGAUAUUCGGUAUAUCUCAAAUGUCGGUAACAAACUUCCGGCAUAUAUGUGUAUGUGUAUUGGCGGUAUAGAUGGGCGUGUGGGCGUGCACAGGUCCCAACGGGCCUUGGGGUGAAGUGGUGAACCCUCCAAUGUCACAUAUACAUCGCCUACUUCACGUGCUCUUUGCAUGCAACCAUGCACAUUCUGGUGGGCGGUACCACCGCAAAUUAAGAGGGACGUCUCUUUCGAUUACAGCUUUUGGUUCGAUGUUCGUCGGCCAUAUCCAAUUCAGCAAAUAUACAUAUUGCCCUAUCCAACUAUACAAAUGGAAUUUAAUUAUUGGAUAGUACUUGAGUUACGACUUUUGAUGUAGUCGAAUCAAGUUGACCGUGACUGAUUGAGAAAGAUAAGUUGAUAAAUACUCUUAGGGGUUGUUUGGAAGUUGCGAUUGUUAAAUAGAUGUAUUGUUGAGAAUGCAUGUAUAAUAUUAUACAUGCAUUGUUGAAUUUGAUGCAUUGUAGAAUACAAUGUUUGGUAUGUGUGAUUGUGUAUGUCGCAUCAGCUAAAAGCUGAGACAAAACAAUCUCAACUCAACUAUCUCAACAAUCACAACUAAAAGUUGAGAUAUAACAAUCACACAAAAUGAGUGAUAGUUUCUGUCACAUCACAGAAACAAUCCAUGUAUUGUUUCUGCUAAAAAAAACAAAAAAACGAUGCAUUGUAAACAAUACAUGCAUAAUGACAAUAUCAACAAAACUAUCGCAACUUCCAAACGACUCCUUAGUUUCUCUUACUACGUACACUGAUUAUCGUCAUGUUUAGAAAGUCGUGAGUUUUGACAAAGGUCAUAAUGAAAGUGUAAGGCUUAAGAAAAAUCACGUCUGAAACGAUUAACUGCGACUAGAUUGAAGGGAGAAGGUAGGAACGAGAAGCACAUUGUACAAAAAGAGUCCUAAAGGUAUCUUGACAAUCCCUAUAUAUGUGUGAGAGUUAGGUUAGACCUUGGUUGAGUUUGGAAGAUGAAAAAAGUAUUGUGAACUUCCUUUCAAUCAACAUAGAGUGAAAGAGAACAAGUUAUGUGGUUUGAUGCACAUAUGUCUAAGAUCCAAAAAAUUCACUAGAUGGUUACUGUCGACGGUGGACAAGGAAGACAAUACAUGUUUACCUCAAAAGUUGGGAGACAGAGGUAAAUAUUAGGAGAUAAAGGCGAAUAGAAGGUGAAUUUGGAGGUUGUGUGAGUGUGUUGUUGGUGGGUAGGGGCACAUUAGCACUAACCCGCAUCAUAUAUCUAACAUUGUGCAUCUCUUCAGGAGUGAAAUCAAGAGGAGAAUGACUUAUAGAACUGUCGUUACGGUCAUAACUAGAUUUUGUUUGUGCUUUCACUUCCACUUUGAACUUGCUUGAGAAACUGAACCAACAAACUUAUGUAGUUCCAUAUCGUGCUUGAGAAAAUGACUUACAGAAGGGAUGGGAUUAGGUGAUAGCACCGUGAUAACUAGCAAAAAUCACUACGGAUUAUUAUAAAAUCAAUACAACAUCUAAGCUAAAUCACUACUAAUUCAAACUAGUAGUAGUUUUUCCUUUGGUUAGAACUGUGCUAACUAUUGUACAAUUAGCACCGUAACCCUCCUCCUUACAGAACUGUCGUUACGGUCAUAACUAUAUCUAACCUUGCUAGCUAUCACUUGGUGAAUUUCACAUUCCAAGCCUAGUUAUCCGAUUUGAAUUCAGUUGUCUGAAUCUGACUAUAUGAGUUCAUCCCACAAAACCUUUUUUUGCAUUUUCAUGGCGCAUGACUGCACGUUUGACAUCCCUAUGCAACGAGUUCAAAAUCCAGGUAAGGACUACGUUAUUACAACCAUCACACAUAUGCAAAUUUGGGUCGGUUCGAGUUGGGUUGGGUUAAGAUCCAUCAACAAAAUCGAGCUUAUACCUCAUUUUCAACACAUUCAACACAAUCCUACCCGGCCCACAUACUGUAAUUGUUACCGACACACUGAAACGUUUCACAAGAUAAACUUUUAAUGUUUGAUCGUUAAGAGAACGUCUCAGCCUCAUUAAUCCGAAAUCAACUAUGUCAUAUAUACUCCCUUGAUUAAGUUCAAAAUAAAAGUCAUGCUUCUACAUUGUAUUGGCUGGAGACAAAGGCUAGCUAUGAACAUAGAUAGACAGACAAUGAAAACUAAUUUACAAGGCGAAUCUUGGGUUUUUCUCCUUUUUUUACCUACGAACCAGGGGCGUAGCUAGAGUAUAAUAAACCCCUCUUAGAUUUGGAGAAAACACAAAAUAUUAGUAGUAUUAGUUAGUUAUUGAUGAUAUUUAAAUUUUAAAUUUCAAUGUCAAUCGUCAAAUAUUCUACCGAGUAAAAUAGACUUGAUUUGCUAUUAUCAUCUGUCAAUGCACAAGUUGAUAACAUUUUAUGCUAUGAAACGAUUGAUCGGCCUUCGCAUCUAGUAAACCAAAUUGUGCAUGGUUAUUCGGUGGGUUAUAUUAAGUGUGAAAUCUUGAUAGUUUGGCCAAUUCAUAUAGUAAUAGAAUAAUUUCUCAAUAUAAAACACGAGACCACAUAUAUAAUUUUUUUUAUGACACCCCCUUGAAUAAAAUCUUGGCUACGCCACUACCUACGACCAUAACCACAAUCACAUCAGUGAGCGGGGAAGAAGACACACAAAUCCUCAAGUUUUUUCGAAGUCCGGCGAACCAUCAAAACAAACCCCAUUGGAACCUGAAGUUGAUUAUGUUAUACUAAUUCACACUUACCAAUUCCUCGACUUAAUUAUUUAUCCUUGCCGCGGGAAGCAUGUUCUGUAAAGCAAUACAUGAAUUCAUAUAAUUUCAGCAGCAUGCUUGGGUAUGGUUUCGCUUUAGAUCUCUCUUUUUCGUUCAUAUAGCCUUCGUAAAGCUAAAAGGAUAAAAAUGACGCGUUUUCUUUAUCCCCAAGCAACAACCGGCCCGUUCGUUCACUAACUCACUAAGUACCAUUGUCAUCAUUAAUUAUGAUUAACCGUUGCAGACGGGAUGCUUGGACGCUAAUAGGGGUAUGCAAUAGUCCGGUCCGGUCGCGCGAACAAAAUCGUUUGUGUCUGAGUUAUGGACCACACACUACUCAAGUGUUUGGAGUUAGUAACACGUACACAAAAAACACGUCAAAGAUAAGCCGAUUUUUAUCUUAUUUUGAAGACAACGUUGGCGCUUAAUUUUACAGGAUUUCGAGCAACCCCGCCUUUCGUACACACAUGCGAAGUAAUUGGACGGUCCCAGUCACUCAUAUUUAUAUAGAAAUGAGGCUAAUAGAGUUUUGUGAACUCUGUUUUUUAGCAUAGAAAAAUAACUUAGCUGUUAAAUGUGUGUUUAACAGCUGGAAAGUUAACUUUACUUAUAUGUAUAAGAAUUACUCCUUUUUGUAAUUAUUUGGAAAAGAAAUACCUCUACCAAAGAAAGGAAAAGAACACCCCUAAGCUAAAUGCUUCAAACUAAUGGUAAUAGGAGGAUGGGGUGAGUAUAGGCGCAGCUCUAUUUUUUGAGGUCUAGAAUACAACAAGUUUCACAAUAGUUAUUUCAUAUUAUUUUAUUCGUCUCGAAGUUCUGACAUUAUGUAAUGGUAUAAUUACAAUUAACAAAAAAAAAAAGAGAAUUUACAGAAAAUCAUUUAUGAUUUGGUUAUUGUUUAAUAUAUUUAUGAAAAUUAUAUUUGAUACAAAUAAUGACGAUUAUAAGAACAUACUUAUGAGUUAUGAGAGAAACAGAUGAAAAGGUUGUAACUUUACACAAUAUCAUCAUAUUAACCAGAUAUGGGCAAAUAAAAUUUAAAAAUUAACGACUAGAGAAUCUAAUUUGAGACUUGAUAUAUCUUAGAUAUCCAAAAGAAACUUAAUUGUCUUAGGGAUGAUAUAUAACUAUUCACUUUACUUACUGCUCUAGUUCAAUACCAUCUAUGAACUUUCCCUUUGAAAGAAGAUCAUAAUCUAUCACUUUAGCAUACUCCCCCUCAUUAAUCUAAUUUUUUUUUUAUGGGAUUCCCCUCCUUACUUUACUUGAAAAUGGAGUUCUUUCAAUUCCUUUUCUAGAGCAUGAAUAUUCUAGCUUUUCUUUAUGAUUGGAUAUGGAGUUCUUUGCUUGAAAAUAUUGCUUGUUAUGGAGAUGGUGGUGGGAGGGUUUUGCCAAUUACACUAAUAUGAAUUCCCACUUACACACAUAUCAUGGAGAUACAACACAUAAAAUUAGUAGGUUUGUUAUUAAAAUAGAAUGAUUCCUUCCUCUAUUAUGAUGAUGAUGAUUUGGUUGGUGAUGAUCUUUCUUCCUCUUCUUUUCAUCAAAUUGGAGAAUCAAAGGCACAAAAAAGGAAUCGCAAUUAGGCCCCUUAUCGAUCAUGUGCCCAUGAUGCUUUGUUUGGCCGAUGGAAUCUCUAGCAACUAUAUAUGGUAUUGCCGUUUGGGAAUGAAAAGGUAGUUCAUAGGCUAACACAUUGUAAUCUGCAGGAUAUGGUGGAUGCCAAUUAGCAGGCUAGGGUAUCCUUUCUGCAAGUGAUGGCAUUUCCACAAUGUGGGUACUGCGUCUUGUUCGCCCAGGACAGGAAAACUUUCGCGGGAGAUCAAUGUUGACGAGAAUCGCUUUUCGGGUCUUGAGUUUAAGGAAUCGGGAUUUGAUGGAAAUAUGUCGUGUUUUAAUAUUGAAAUUAUAUAAAAAAAAAUUGUAUAUGGUACAAAGGUUGACUUCCAUCAUAACCUAUUAUUAUUUUAAUAGAAAAAAUAUUUGACCUCUGGAAUUUUGAGGAGUCAUUUACAUUGUUAGUUUCUAGAACAAGUCAUUUGGAAAUGCAGACUGUGGUUUAGAAAUAUUUUACAUUCGUGGAUUGUACCAUUCUUCGUGUUUUUACCAUUUUACCUUUGAUAAUGCUCUUACUAGUUUGUUGUUUACUUUAUUAAUUACACAAACAACCAUACUAAUUACCGUUAACAUAUUUCACCGUCAGCCAACCCAUAAACAUAGAGUAUUAAUUAAUCCUAAUUCUAUGCUUAUGGUGACUUGGUCAAAACUCCAAAUAAAUUUUAUUUGGAGUUUGACGGACAACUUCAGUUUGAUUGGUUGGUCGAUUUGUAUGAUCAGUAUAAUUACAAUACUUGAUAUGCUAUGUGUGACUUAUAACGAUCAACCACGUUCCUAGCUCUUAGAGUCUACCAAUUCAAAGGAAAAUGUUUACUCCUGCAAAAAUUUGUAAUUCCAUAUUUUAUAUGGCAGAUGAUUGUCGACUAGAGCAAAGAAUGAACUUUUUUGUGGUUCGAUUCGAUCUUUUUUGUGCACUUAACCAUAUUUUUUUAUCUUUUUGUUCAUCAAAAGCAUAAAUUUGCUUGACAGAACUUACUUGGAGUUUAUAGAAAAUCAGCAUAACAAAGUCCGAACUUUUACACCGUAAUAUAUUAUGCGAAUAAGUUAUGCAAAAUAUGUGUACGUGUAUUUCACUUUGUGUUCAAAUUAAUAGUGUGUUUAAUAAUAUUACAAUAGUCAUGAAAAGAAAAAUAAAAAUAAAAAAUGCCUCACAUAGGGUAUUUAAUUAUCAAAUAAUAAUAAGAGGACAAUAAAAGAUAAAUCAAGGGCCUUAAAAAUUAUAAUACGGGUAUUUAAUUAUUAAAGGGGAAAUAUUAUUAAACGUAUGAUAUAUUUAUAUGGGUAUUAGAAAUUAAAUAACUCCCAUUUGAAAUUUAUAAGAAAAAGAAAGUUAGAAAGUAUGAUGGAAUUUUGAAAAAAUAGGGAGUGGUAUAUUUCAAAAGUGUGUGAUAGAAAUUGACUGAUGGAACAAAAUGAGUAUUUUUUUUGGCAAAUGAGUUAUUCGGCCUCAUAACGAGAGUAUUUUUCAAGGAACAACUUUGUCCCCAACAAAUACUUUGAUAUGUGUCUUCCGGGAAGCAGCAGAACUCAUUACACACCGCACCAUCCCUUCCCUUCUCCUCAGCCUCAUUUCUCCCAUCUCAAAUCUCAAUCAUGUCCACCACUUAGCAAUCUUUUAAAAUUUCACUGUGACGACUCCUACAAAAGUGAUUCGCACAGGGCGGUUUUUGGAGUGGUUAUUACCGACUCAAACGGACAGAUUUGCGAUGGUAAGGCUGGAAGGAUCAUUUGCUCUUCCCUAAUUAAAGCGAAAGCUACAACCAUUCUUGAAGCAUGUCUUAUUGCAACCAGUGACCGUGUUCCCUCGUCGAUCCGUUCAGACUGCAAGACAUUGGUGGAUGUCAUUCACAACAGCCAUGCAUCUUGACAAUGGCGUUGUUAUGCUGCUCUCUCUUCUAUCACCAACAUCGUUUGCAUAUCUCCUUGGAUCCAUAUCUCCUUCACUAGUAGAGAGAACAACAAAGAAGCUGAUUGGGUCACUCGCAACUGUAGACAAGAUACCCUUCAUGCCAGUUGGCUUUCUGUUAUGGUUGUAAUUUCCAACAUGUUGUAGCUACUCUGCAUUUGAAAGGCCCGUAACGAGAGUAUUUUUCGAGGAACAACUUUGUCCCCAACAAAUACUUCAAUAUGUGCCUUCCGGGAAGCGACAGAACCCCAUUACACACCGCACCAUCCCUUCCCUUCUCCUCAGCCUCGGGUUCUCCCAUCUCAAUCAUGUCCACCGCCUAGCAAUCUUCGACAGAUCACUGUGACGGAUCCUACAAAAGUGAUUCACAUAGGGCGGCUUUUGGAGUGGUUAUUACCGACUCCAACGGACAGAUUUGCGAUGUGAAGGUUGGAAGGAUCAUUUGCUCUUCCCCAAUUGAAGCGGAAGCUACAAUCAUUCUUGAAGCAUGCCUUAUUGCAACCAGUGACCGUGUUCCCUCGUCGAUAUGUUCAGUCAACAAGACAUUGGUGAAUUCCAUUCACAACAGCCCUGCAUCUUAGCCAUGGCGUUGUUAUACUGCUCUCUCUUCAAUCACUAACAUCCUUUGCAGAUCUCCUUGGAUCCAUAUCUCCUUCACUAGUAGAGAGAACAACAAAGAAGCUGAUUGGGCCGCUCGCAACUGUAGAUAGGAUACCCUUCAUGUCAGUUGGCUUUCUAUUUUGGUUGUAAUUUCCAGCAUGCUGUAGCUACUCUGCCUCCUUUGGGCUUGAAUGAAUGAAAUUAUUCUUAAAAAAAGUGUUAUUCGGCCAUUCAAUAACACAUUUAAAUAUACUAACUAUUAUUAAUGAAAGAGACCUAAACGCUAAAAGGGUUCUGGUAGGGUUUUUCGCCGCCAUGGCGGCCUCUCCGUCGACCACAGCUCCGAUUGGAGAGGCAGUAACGUGGGCUUCUUUGUUGGAUGUCGCGCCUGCAAAUAGGAUGCGAUUUCGUCCUCCGGAGAAGAUUAAUGUUGGCUAUCGUUUACCUCGUGAAGUGAAGAAGAGGGGAGAAGAACGGUGGAAGGACUGUCUGAUCGGGCAGUUUGUAGGGGCUCUUCCUAAGUUAGGGCUUCUUCAACAGUGGGCAAAUGGUCUUUGGGGAAGAGAUGGACCGGUGGUGGUAUCGCGAUUUGGUCCUUGUCUGCUUGUUUUUCAGUUUCCUUCGGCUGCGACAAGCCAAUGGGAUUUUAAAUCGGGGCCAUGGCAUUAUCACGGGAAUCAAAUUUUCUUCAGGAAAUGGGCUCCAGGAAUUGAGCCGGUCGCUCCUGUGAUCGAGAUUUUGCCGAUAUGGGUACGAAUUUGGGGAAUCCCGUUGGAGUAUCAUACACUGGAGGGGCUUGAGUGGGUUGCCAGUACUAUUGGUCCACCGGUUUGGAUGGAUCAAACAACUCGUAAGGGUCAUCAGCUUGAGUUCGCAAAGGUGUGUGUUAAUCUUGCUGCGGAUUGUGGCUUUCAAACAAAAAUUCGGUUGUAUCCUGAUGAUGAUCCGGCUUUUGAUAUUGAGGUAGAAUAUCUUAAUAAGCCUAUGGUUUGUUCUAAGUGUGAGGUUUAUGGUCAUGAAUGUAACAGAGGGGAGACUGUGGUGAAGAAGUGGGUUCCUAAAUCUCAGGUCUCGGUAGUGCAGGAUAAGCACGAUGUAGACUCGCAAAUUGUGGUUGCAACUCUAAACAAAGGAAAGGAGAAGGUUGGUGUUGAGCAAGUGGUUGUUAAUGUAGAUGUUGGCAGUGCAGUGGCACAAGUAUUUUUAUCUGGUUCAGGGGGCAUUGUUGAAGAAGGCCAAGUUUCUGGUUCAGGGGAUUUUGUGGAGAAGGUUCAGGAUUCUGGUUCUGGUUUAGUAACUUCUGUUGGGGUUGCUGGGGGGGGGGGGGGAGCAGGUUGCUAAAUUUGUGGAUGUAGGGAAGGGAAAUACACCUGUCUUCUCCUGUGGCUAGCUGUUCAAAUUCUCAGGAAGAGCAAUCUCCAUCUGUUCCUCCUGACUCCCAGCUUCCUAAGAGAGGGGGUAGGGGGGUAAGCGCAAAUGAAGGUGCUGUCUUGGAAUACCCAGGGAUUUAAGGACCCGAAUAAGAAUAAAACUGUACA